CUCGAGCGGUUGGUAUGGACUGUGAGAUGGUUGGUACGGGUCACCGCGGCAGCAAGAGCGCAUUGGCUCGGGUUUCCAUCGUGAACCAGUUCGGCAAGUGUGUCUACGACAAGUUCGUUAAACCCAAGGAGAGGGUGACAGACUACCGCACCUUCGUUAGCGGGAUCAGGCCACGAGAUCUCAUGAAUGGUGAGAGUUUUAAGUCUGUGCAGAAGGAGGUGGCAGACAUCCUUAAAGGAAGGAUCCUGGUGGGCCACGCCCUGCAGAACGACAUGAAGGCUCUCCAGAUGACCCACCCUAAGAACAUGAUCAGGGACACCUCCAACUUCCCUCCCUUCAAGAGUCUGGCAGGGGGUAACAACACGCCUUCCUUAAAGAAGCUUGCGGCUGGAGUCCUCCAUCUUCAGAUCCAGAAGGGGGAGCACUGCUCGAUCCAGGAUGCCCAGGUUGCCAUGCGACUGUACACCCUGCACAAGAAAGAGUGGGAGGCGUUCUGUCGGCCCGGCGGUGCCAAGGCACGGGAGGUGCAGCUACAGAGGAGCCAGCAGCACUCAGGACUGAUGUGAUCACGUUUUACAGAGUCUUUGUGAAAAAACAGAACAAAAAGAAACCUUUGUUCUGUUGAUGUAGUUUUGUUCCAGUUCCACUGU